CGGAAUAGAAGAAGGCCAAAAUGGUCAACCUCAAAAGAAAAGCCUACCAUUACCAGGCCAGAAGGUCACCACGUUCCUCUUCCUCCUCUCUCUAAAAAAAGUACUCUUGAGAAGAGAGAGAGAGAGAGAGAGAGAGAAUCGCUCUUAUUAGCGUGUGGGGUGUUAAGGUCUUUAAGGUUAUGCUUGGGCACGAAGUGUCUUGACUUCCCAUCUCAGAGAAUGGGAGUCCUGUUUUGGCGAUGGAAUCGAUUGGGUACAAUUUGGUUGCGGAGGUUCAGUGAAAUAUUGGUAGUGCUAGGGUUUUAGGGGGGACUUACAAGUUUGUUUGCGUCAAUGGGAGACUUGAGUUCAGUAGACACAAUUCUAGAGUUUUUAAGAAGGAACAAUUUUACUAGGGCCGAGGCAGCAUUGCGUGGUGAACUGACUAACCAGCCUGAUACGGAUGGAGUACUUCAAAAGCACACUCUAGAGCACAAGGUGCUGAACGGACCUUUGGAUGAAUCCAAUGGACGGAAAACCUCUAGAGAGAAUAUGGGGACGGAUUAUCAGAAUAAAGGGGAGUCUGGAAGAGACAUGGGUUUCAGGAGCAGCACUGAGGUCUCAAAGGAGUUCAUAAUCAGUGAGAUAGAGUAUGGGUCUUGGAGGAAUGGGCCAGGUUGCAAGUGGAAGAAUGUUGCUAAUUCAGGGGAGCAAGGCAAAGUUUGUGAGUCAGUUAGUACAAGUGAAAACAAUUUCAAAUCUAAUGGUUCAAAAGAGAUUGCAUUUGAUUUGUACUCGCUGAAUUACAAUCCUAAUAAUGGACCUGAUGUCUCUCAUCAAAAUGAUUGUGGAAGUGCUAAUAUGGAGUCAGUUAUUGGAAAGGAAUUGCUUAAUCCAAGUGAGUCACACAAUGAGCUGAGAAAAUCAUCUCUAAGGAGUACUAACAAAACCCCUAUGGAAAGAAAGCAGGAGAAGAGUCAAAAGCAAAGUGGGUCUUGCCCACAAGAUGCAUUUUCUGAUAAAUCAUGGAAUGACUGUGCGCUAGAAACUAUUUUUCCAUUCUCUAAGGAAGAUGCAUCAAUGUGGUAUGAUCAUAAAACUGUUAUUGGUGAUAAAAUAGAAGUUAAAGGAAAGCCUGAGAUGAUUGACAUUAAGACAGCUAUAGAGGAGCAAGCGGAUGAAAUUGGAAAAAGAUUGUACUUCGCAAGGGCAUGUGGAAGCGGGCCAAAGGAUCUUAGUGGCUUUGAUUUUGCACUUGCAUCAGAGAGCCAAAAAGAAGAGCUACCCAUUUUGCCGCCUGUUAGACUCAAAUCACAAGAGAAGUCAUUUAAUAUUCUGUGGGAAGAAAAAUGUGAACGAGAUGGAAAUGACUCCAGUAUAUUAGAUACCGAUAAAACUUAUCGUACGGGAUCAUUUCUGGAUGUUGCUGUAGGUCAAGAAAUCAACCCUUCAGGUGUUAAAGGGCAUGUUGGAAGAGGUAGUUUGCUCUCUGUGUGUCAAGUAAUUGCUGAGGACACUUCUGACCUUGCUUCUGGUUUUGCAAGUAUUGGUGGACUUAGUGAACAAGGUUUCUAUCCAAAUGAGUAUUGGGACUCUGAUGAGUAUGAUGAUGAUGAUGAUGUAGGUUACACUCGACAACCUAUUGAAGAUGAGGACUGGUUUUUGGCCCAUGAAAUUGAUUAUCCAAUUGACCCUAAGAACAAAACAGGAGAUGAGGAUGUUCCUGAUCCUCAAAGAAGUCAAAACAGAGAAGAAGAUGAACAAUCAUUUGCAGAAGAGGAAGACUCUGACUUCUUGCGCGAGCAGUAUGUCAAAUCAAGAGCUGUUGAUGGAAUUGGGCAUGGAGAUGAUCUCACAGAUCUGGUAAUCACAGAAAAAUACUGGAGAGCUAAUGAUGAGUUCACUGCUCAAUGCGAUAGCCAUUUGAUAGACAAGGAUGAACUAAUUCUGGCCCCUGCAGAGCCUGUGUGGCAAGGGUUUGUCACACAGACAAAUGAACUUCUCAUGUUAGGGAAUGAAAAGCUCCUAAGUGAAUGUGUGAAAUCUCAUCUAAAUGAGGUUUGCAUGGAUGAUAAUCACCAUGAGUCAGUUAGAUCCAUUGGUGUUGGAAUUAGCAAAGAUGCUGCUUGUGUUGCUAGUGAAGUUCGGCAAAGCCAGGUUGGACUGAGUUUUGAUGGGGAUAUUCAAUAUGUCAGUGACAGUCAUGUCAGUGUUGGUGGGUCCAGACAUGUAUGGGAUGCCUCGAGCAAGACUUCUUCCAAGAGAUCAAAGAAUCAUCUAGAUGGGGGUUUCCCAUUUCCUCCACCUAGAGAUGGACUACUAGUUCAGAGUGACUGUGGAAAAUCAGCAGCAGCUGAUGAUAGUGAUAAUUACUUGGCGAAUGAUGACAUACUCGUCCCAAAGAGUGGUGAGUCAUCACCUGUCUAUAACUCAAGAUACAAAAAUGAUGCAAAUGUUACUAAAUCAGCAAGUUCUAGUUCUUCAUCUCUUUCAAAUGAUGGUUAUAUGGAAUAUGACAUUGCGAAGAAAGAACAUGAUGCAGAAGUAAAUGCAAGGGAAGAAGAUCAGGGAGCAUCAUUGGAAGAUGAAGAGGUAGUUGCAGUACAGGAACAAGUGAAACAGAUAAAGGCACAGGAGGAAGAAUUUGAAACCUUUAAUCUCAAAGUUGUGCACAGGAAAAACAGAACUGGUUUCGAGGAGGACAAAAAUUUUGAGGUUGUUAUAAAUUCAGUAAUAGCCGGGCGCUAUCAUGUCACCGAGUAUCUUGGGUCUGCUGCAUUCAGUAAAGCCAUUCAAGCGCAUGACCUUCAUACUGGCAUGGAUGUAUGUGUUAAGGUUAUAAAGAACAACAAAGAUUUCUUUGAUCAGAGUCUUGAUGAGAUAAAACUUCUCAAGUUUGUCAACAAGAAUGACCCUGGUGAUAAGUACCAUGUGCUUCGGCUUUAUGAUUACUUCUAUUAUAGAGAGCAUCUGUUGAUUGUGUGUGAACUCCUGAAAGCCAACCUAUACGAAUUCCAUAAAUUUAAUAGAGAAUCUGGAGGGGAAGUUUACUUUACUAUGCCAAGACUGCAGUCAAUUACAACUCAAUGCUUGGAGGCACUUCAGUUCUUGCACAGUCUUGGGCUUAUACAUUGUGAUUUGAAACCUGAGAACAUUUUGGUGAAAAGCUACAGUAGGUGUGAGGUGAAGGUGAUUGAUCUUGGUAGCAGUUGCUUUGAAACGGAUCAUCUAUGUUCAUAUGUUCAAUCUAGAUCAUACCGUGCACCUGAAGUGAUUUUGGGGCUUCCAUACAAUAAAAAGAUUGAUAUCUGGUCACUUGGCUGCAUAUUGGCAGAACUUUGUACUGGCAAUGUCCUUUUCCAAAACGACUCACCAGCCACUUUGCUUGCUCGAGUGUUGGGUAUUUUAGGUCCUAUUGACCAAGAGAUGCUUGCCAAAGGAAAAGACACUUUCAAGUAUUUCACCAAAAAUCACAUGUUGUAUGAAAAAAAUCAGGAAACCAACAAACUGGAGUACCUAAUUCCCAAGAAAACAGCUUUGCGGCAUCGAUUACCGGUCGGGGAUCAAGGCUUCAUUGACUUCUUGACUCACCUGUUGGAAAUAAACCCAGAGAAACGUCCCUCUGCCACAGAGGCUCUAAAGCACCCUUGGCUCUCAUAUCCUUAUGAACCCAUCUCAUCUUAGGGUGGAAGGGAUUUUAUUUCUUGCAACACCAUUAGAGAGAGUAAUGUCUACCUCUAGCAUCUAUAGGGUGUGUGAAAUGAUAAAAUUGUUUGUACAUGAUGUGUGUAAGAUUGUUUCUAGGUCGUAGUUUUUCUUAUAGUGACCACGUGCCCCAAUUUUGAUAUUUAAAAAAGAAGAAAAACUAGUUCAGUGUACGUAAUGAAGCAAGCUCAUCUAAAGUGUACUAUAUGUAUGUACACUAUCACCAUCUUUUGUGCCUUUUUCACAUUAAAAGUGUUUUGGCCUUUUGAGAAUUGGGGGAUUAGCUUG